CGGAAGUGUAACCGCAAGAGACCUUGCGGAACUUGCACCAGGCUCGGUCGGCCACCGGUGAGCUGUAUCUACCCAGUUCCAGAGUCAGGGCCUCCAUAUGCCACGCCCAGCAACGACCCCUUGGUCUCCAUGGAGGGAAAUGAUGAAGAUUCAUGUCGACAACUAUCCAGCAGCAAGGGUCCAAGUACCUCAGCGCAUACCGAACAUCCUACGAUAAUAUCUCAAGAGAUCCCCCGAACAUCCAGCGCGAACUCAUUCUUACCAAGUGUGUUGGACAGAGAAGCAAUGCUAUUUUAUGGCGAGCCAGGUUUUCUCCAGCUAAUUAGAGGACGUGAUAUCAAUUUCACAAACCUAAGCCAAGAGUUAGAGGUUGUUAACAUGAACGUUCAAGAGGAAGCUCAAGAGGAAGCAGACUUUAAGGCCUACUACAGUAUACAUAACUUCCCACUU